AUAUUCCUAUAUUCAAUGUCCCAGAAAUCAUAACUUUCGAACCGAAAAAAAUAAAACCCACCUCAUCAAAUACCAAUCACGUCGAAAAAGAUAAACCGGAAUUUCCAGUUGCUUCGUCAUCAGUGUCUAUUGCAGAGCAGGCCGUUAGGCGAUUCUCUGAAUCAUGGGACAAAGUCCCUACCGAUAUAUCUCCGCCACCCGAGAUCGUACACGUAGAACUUGUGGACGAUAAAUCCGAACCAGUUUCUGAGAUCAUUAAACCGGUGAAUGAUAAAGUUGAAUAUCCAAAAAUUAUCGAAUUGAUAAAUGAUCCCGAAAUCUCUCCCGACUUACCUGUAAACAAUGAACCAAAAACCAUUAACGAAGUAUCUCCCCAGCAGAUAUCAUGCCCACCCGGAUAUCAAACCAGGGAGCAACGAGAAAUACGAUUAAGACAAAAAGCCAUCGAACUUGGUGAGGAUCCAGAUAAGUUCGUUACUAUUACUGAAAAAGAUAGGGAUUUGGCGAGAAUUUAUUAUGAUAAAAUGAUGGCAGAUGCGGAAAUAAUUGAAUUUGCACGAAGCGAUGGGGUCGAUCCAGAGAACUAUAUGGAACUGUCCAGACGAGAAAAAUUAAUAUGUAUGGAGAUUGAUCUUCGGCUAUAUGAAGAUAAAGGCGAACCCCGAGCCUAUACAUGCAUUUAUAAUGAUGAGGACUGGGCAAAAAAUAUAGAGAUACUCCGGGAAAAUGGAUAUCUAUGGUAA